GCAUGCGCUUCUGUGUUUAUCUUCUGCAGAAGUGCAGGCAAAUUUUGUAUGGAGGAAAAUAAACAAUAAAAAUUUCUAAAAUAGAGUUGUUGAGAGAGUUUCUCAACCAGAAAUUAACAGCGGCUGCUGAGGAGAUAUUUGGGGUCGUUGAAAAAACGAUAGCAGAGUACCAGGUAGACGUCUUCGUGGGCUGUUGAUGUUGCAUAGAGGAGUGUCGAUGGCAGGCUGAAGCUACUAUCACUUUGGUGCAGGUUGCCCCAGAGCAGCAGCAGUCAUGUACUCAAGAGUGGGGCCUCCAUCUAAGACAGGAGGACCCAGAGCCCACAGUGUCACUAUGUAAAGAGGAAGACGAUACCCACUGGAUCAGUGAGGUUGAAAAGCACAUUCAAAGGCUGGAGUCUGAUCCCAAAGACCCAGACCAAGUAUCCACUUCUGAAGAUUUCACAUUCCAAAUGGAGACAGAAGGGUCAGUAAACGAAGCCAUUCAACUGAAAGUUUUCCUCAACGCCAACAGAAUAGAGAAAGUGAUUCUGCCCUCUCAACCUGACUCACUGAAUGAGCUGAUAUCAACGCUCAAGGAGAAACUGCAUCUGAAGUUUGAUUUCAGUCUUCUUUAUGAAGACCCUGAUUUCAACAACGAGCUCUUCAACUUCGAGACCAUUGAAGACUUGCCUUCUCCUAGGGCUACGGGGGAAAGUUUUGCGAAUACGACGUGAUACAGACCUGGGUUUAACCGGACUCUCAGCCACCGAGUUACAGGCCGCCCCACCAGAGCGGCUAGGCAGGUGGCCUGAGGUAUUUGUCAUACCCACUUUCUCGGUGGAAGUUGAGGUUGCUCUGAGAGAGGGCAAUUGUGCAUAUCUGAGACAUGAAACGGUGCUGAAAAUAACAAGGGAUCAAAAACACAACAUUCUUGAUAGGAUGGCUUGGACAAUCUUCAAUUCCAAAGCGUACCCAAGUGACAGGCAGUUUGCCAAGGCAGCUGAGGCCCUUGUAACCAAGCACCUGUGUUUGAAAGAGCCUGGCUCAAAAACAGGCUGUGAUGGCUGGAAGAGCAGCCUGAAAUUCAAAAAGGGAAACUACAGGCAGAAGUUACGCCGUGUUGGGUUCCCAGAGGUUGCUGUGAACGGGGGGAGGAGGAGCAAGCAUUGUCCUGACAAUGAGCACGCUCGGAGCAACAUUAAAAGAGCACGCCGGGCAGAGGUGAACUUCUUGCCCAACUUCCCUCAAGGAGAAGAUGAGGCCAGCCUGGAGAAACAGAGACUGGAGAUGGUCCACGAGAUGACGAAAGAAAACAGAGACCUGCCACUCAUCAAUCAACACAUGCAGAAGACAUUUGCUCUCCGACGCCAAGAAAUAGUUCAAUCCAGUCCUACGGUAGAGCAUCUCAGAACACGCUGGCCAGCACUCUUCCUCGAAGCCCAGGUACAUGCUGAGUUUCAGAGAAUCACCAAUCAGAGCCUGCAGCAGACGUUCUACUCUGCCUUGGACCACCACACGCCCCGCCUGCUGACCCUGUUCAGGGAGAAGGAGGGGAAGUCCACCACCCAUGGAGGGAAGUUUUCAAGCAUCCUGAGAGUGUACAACGAGCAGUUCACUUCACAGGGAGAAAAUAACAUCACUGUGACCCGUUCUGCAGUCCUGGCUGGUCUCCCUUUGUUGUUACGAGAGGAUAGUUCUGAUGUCUUCAAAAUCUGUGAGGUGGGAGAACUCAGCAACCCUGGUAUUCUGGAUGGAGUUUUCAUUCUUUCAGUGGUGGGCCAGCACAAUGAGGUGGUGGGUGGUAUACCCAUCAGACCAGCCCAUGUAUCCAUUGUCCUUGAGGAUAAGAUCGUCAUGACUAACUCCCGCUCCUGGCCAGAUGCUCUCGUGGUUGUUUUUGGGCUACUCUACUCCCUCCAUCUGAACUACCCCAAAGCCCUGGGCAGCACCUUUGAGUUCAUGCAGAAAGUCUUCCUGAACCUCGACGAUGGAAAACUGAAGCCCAAGCUGCUAGCGCUGAAAAAUGAACUGUUGGCCUAAUUCUGUAGUGAUGAGAUGGAAUUUUACUUUGAGUGACCUCCUAUAUGCGGAGUGAGUGGUUUGAAAACAAUGGUUAUUUUUUAUUUACUUUACUUUUUAUAUUGUUGUACCUUUUUUGUGAAGGUAAUGGAUUUGAUAUUGUAUUUCAAUUAACUUUUAACCCUUUUAUGUGAAAGGAAGACACAGGUCAGUCAACACAUUAACUUGCCACAUACAGUCGAUCUGCGACCUUCUAUCUGAAUUCUAAAUGCUCACCAAGACACAGGACUAUGUCUUAACUGUUGUAACACACUGAAUAUACGCUGAGUGUACAUUAUCAUGUUGCACCCCCUUUUGCACUCUGAACAGCCUCAAUUUGUCGGGGCAUGGACUCUACAAGAUGUCAAAGCGUUUCACAGGGAUGCUGGCCCAUGUUUAUUUAUUUUAUUUUACCUUCAUUUAACUAGGCAAGUCAGUUAAGAACAAAUUCUUAUUUUCAAUGACGGCCUAGGAACAGUGGGUUAACUGCCUGUUCAGGGGCAGAACGACAGAUUUGUACCUUGUCAGCUCGGGGAUUUGAACUUGCAACCUUCCGGUUACUAGUCCAACGCUCUAACCACUAGGCUACCCUGCCGCCCCAUGUUGACUCCAAUGUGUCCCACAGUUGGCACGAUGGUGGACUAUUCUUGAUACACACAGGAAACUGUUGAGCGGGAAAAACCCAGCAGUGUUGCAGUGCUUGACACAUUCAAACUUCUUUAACCUGUCUCCUCCCCUUCAUCUACGCUGAUUGAAGUGGAUUUAACAAGUGACAAUAAGGGAUCAUAGCUUUCACCUGGUCAGUCUGCCAUGGAAAGAGCAGGUGUUACUAAUGUUUUGUACACUCGCAUCCUAUAGUUUAAAACAUUUUUUUAAUUGCACUGUUGGAGCCAAAAACACAAGCACUUUGCUGCACCUUUGAUAUCAUAUUCAAAUCUGUGUAUGCGACCAAUAAACUUAGAUUUGAUUUUGA